ACGUGAAUAGGAAGUGCUGGUGUUUCACUACGAAAGGCAUGCAUGCAGUGGGGCAGUCAGAGAUCGUCAUUCUGUUGCAGUGUUUGCCUGAUGAGAAAUGUUUGCCUAAGGAUAUCUUUAACCAUUUUGUGCAACUUUACCGGGAUGCCUUAGCAGGUAAUGUCGUUGGCAACCUGGGACACUCCUUUUUCAGCCAGAGCUUCCUUGGAAGCAAAGAACAUGGAGGGUUCUUGUACGUUGCAGCUACGUAUCAGUCCCUGCAAGACCUGGUGCUCCCAACCCCACCGUACUUGUUUGGCAUCCUCAUUCAGAAAUGGGAGACUCCCUGGGCUAAAGUGUUCCCCAUUCGGCUGAUGUUGAGACUUGGAGCUGAGUACAGACUUUAUCCAUGCCCACUUUUUAGCGUCAGAUUUCGUAAGCCUUUGUUUGGAGAGACUGGACACACGAUUAUGAACCUUCUUGCAGACUUCAGAAAUUACCAGUACACGCUUCCAGUGGUCCAAGGUUUAGUGGUUGAUAUGGAAGUCAGAAAAACCAGCAUCAAAAUUCCCAGCAACAGAUACAAUGAGAUGAUGAAAGCCAUGAACAAAUCCAACGAGCAUGUUCUAGCAGGGGGAGCGUGCUUCAACGAGAAGGCAGACUCACAUCUGGUGUGUGUUCAGAACGAUGACGGGAAUUACCAGACGCAGGCCAUCAGCAUCCACAAUCAGCCGAGGAAGGUGACUGGUGCCAGCUUCUUUGUGUUCAGUGGAGCUUUAAAGUCCUCUUCAGGCUACCUUGCCAAAUCCAGUAUAGUAGAAGAUGGAGUAAUGGUCCAGAUAACUGCUGAGAACAUGGACUCCUUGAGGCAGGCCUUGAGAGAGAUGAAAGACUUCACCAUCACUUGUGGCAAAGUAGACGCUGAAGAUCCUCAGGAACAUGUUCAUAUUCAGUGGGUAGAAGAUGAUAAAAACUUUAGUAAGGGUGUGGUAAGCCCUAUCGACGGCAAAUCAAUGGAGUCUAUAACAAGUGUGAAGAUAUUUCAUGGCUCAGAAUACAAGGCCAACGGAAAGGUCAUUCGCUGGACGGAGGUGUUUUUCCUGGAAAACGAUGAGCAACAUAAUGGUCUGAGUGACCCAGCCGAUCACAGCAGGCUGACUGAAAACGUGGCAAAGGCUUUCUGUUUGGCUCUCUGUCCUCAUCUUAAAUUGCUGAAAGAAGAUGGAAUGACUAAGCUGGGGCUGCGUGUUACACUUGACUCAGAUCAAGUUGGUUAUCAAGCGGGGAGUAACGGACAGCCACUGCCCUCUCAAUACAUGAAUGACCUGGACAGUGCCUUAGUUCCGGUGAUUCAUGGAGGGGCAUGUCAGUUGAGUGAGGGGCCCGUCAUCAUGGAGCUCAUCUUUUAUAUUCUGGAGAACAUCUCAUAAAGAGGACUUCAUUUUCUGUUCAGACCUGUUCCAGCAGCAGUUGUAUCUGAAUCAUUUGCACUUUAAAACUGGAAAAUUAAGCUUUUGUUAACACUAUUGGGGAGGGCGGGGGGGAGGAGGGAGGGACUGUUCCAUAAUUCUAAAUCUUCUAUGCAUUGUCAACAACCAGAGGAUCAGGGCAGCUUCUACACUACAACAUGGCUAUGCUAUCCUUGCAGCUAAUACACUUCUGUUACUGUUUAGAAAAAUGCUCAUGUUUAAAGACUUACAGUCGUGUACUCUCAAUGCUCAAACGGGUGCAAAGAUCACUGGGGC